CGGCCAUUUUCAAAGUGUGAAAAAAGCUGCCAGUCAGAUCAGAAGAAGAUCGACACGCACGCCAAAAGCUAGCUUCUGCGUCUUUCGUCGUCAGCGGCUUCGGGUGGUGAAAAAAAGUCUUUCCAGUUUCCUCUGGCACUUUUCGGAGUGCGAAUUUCAAGCAGUAAACGGUGUGAAAAUUAUCUACAACGGCGCCCAUAACAGAUUCCAGCAUGAGCAGUAGCUACGGGAGGCCGCCGCCAAGGAUCGACGGAAUGAUUUCCCUCAAGGUCGACAACCUUACGUACCGCACGACCCCGGACGAUCUCCGGCGCGUCUUUGAACGCUGCGGUGAGGUGGGAGACAUUUACAUUCCUCGUGAUCGUCAUACGCGCGAAAGCCGUGGCUUUGCGUUUGUUCGGUUCUACGACAAGCGCGAUGCUCAGGAUGCUCUCGAUGCCAUGGACGGACGUAUGUUGGACGGCAGGGAGUUGCGCGUCCAGAUGGCCCGCUAUGGACGGCCCACUUCGCCCGCACGCGGUGGAGGCGGCGGUGGUGGCGGAAGACGCUAUGGCGGUGGACGCGAACGUGGCCGGUCCCGUGACCGUCAUCGCCGCCGUUCCCGCUCGCUAGAUCGUCCCCGUGGCGGACUUCGUCGGUCGUACUCCCGAUCGCGGUCCCGCUCCCGGGACCGUUCCCGCUCGGGAAGCAAAUCGUCCCGCGGCAAGGAGUCCAGAUCCCGCAGCCCACUGGACCGGGGAACGCACUACUAGAUCGCCUAGUAUUGGCACACCCACAUUACAAAUUUAAUGGACCAGACAAUGAUCCAGCCAAAAGAAAAAAACGCAGCGUAAACAAUUCUAGAUGAUGAACCCCCCUUUUAGAGUGACCGUGUGCGUUUGUUUAACGUAAAAUAACUACUCUCAGCAAUUGCAGAAAGAAACAAACAUAAAUUUAUUGAAAACAAAACAAAAAGAAGUGGAAGACGGACGAUGGACCGACAAACAACAAGCAAAAUGGUGUGUGGAUUAUUAAUAAUAGUAGUGGAGGCAGGUGGAUAGAGGAAUGCAGCGGAACCUUCAACAGCAGACGAACGGCGAUGACGGUGGCGAUGGGAUGACCGCGGAAAUUUGCAGGGCAAAUUGCGGUUGCAUGCUGCUCACUUGCUGCUGCUGUUGUUGCCUGGUGAGACACGGUACCUCGUAUAUCAGAGAGAAAGACAUCGACGACUACUGCCCUGCUACUGCAAUCCGCGACUCGGCGAGACCCGCAAAAGUAUCGUGCCGUCGUGGCCGUCGUAUGGUGCUGCUGUGUGCUGACGACGACAGACGGUGCGACGCCUCUCUACGGUCCGCGAGAUCCCUCUUUUCCGGCGUCGAGCUUAUGGCCCGCGCGUGCGCAGUUUGCCUGUCCUCGAUUUUGAGCUGAGCGCUCAUGGUGGCACACAGGGUUGCUGCGCUGUGCAGAGAUAUCCGUUACAACUUACAAGACUGAGAAAGAGUUUGCUGUGCCUUGCUGAAUUGUAUCGCUCUGGCUCUAGCCUGAUCAUGUUGGUGAGAUAGAGAGAAGGAGAUGUGCUGUUUUUGGAGUCGGGAGUGAAUCCGGUAGGAGUGGCCCCUGAUUUGACCGAGGCUGGUGUGAGGUGGAGAAAGAGAUAUAGCAGAAGAAGCAGGUCUUCCGGGAACAUCUGAUCUCGAGUCGAGUUCUCCGAAUGGUGAGCUCUGCUGUGCUGCCGUUCCUGAAAGGCGUCUCCGUCGUAGCUGCCGAGUUUCUUUCUCUCUCUUUCUUUUUCUUUUCCUUCUUUUUCUAGUGCUCAGGCUUUUUGAAAAUUUUUGUGUUCUUUUUUAUUUAUUUGCUCCCAAAGUAUAUUCUUGCAUGUCUGUACCGAUGAGCGAUGCUGACACGAAACGAGAGAUACAGGCGAGCAGACAGACUGAAAGAGAGCACUACUAGAAAGUGUGAAGCUGAGCCAGUUCUUUUUCCUCGGGGGUUUCGAUCCAGGGCAUCACAACGCAGUUUAUGAGAACGAGUGCUGUUGAUCGCGCACGUUGCAGAAGUUGGGGAGAGUUUUGUCGCUGAGCUAGGAGAAAGAGAGGGUGUGUUUCCUGAGAUCCUGGCAAGCUGUUUUCCAGCCGGCAGCCGAAUUUACGAGCACCUACGAAGGGAUAGACCGAGGGUUCAAUCUGAAAGUAGCUAUUACUUUUGUUUUGCUAUUUGUUUUCUAAACGGAUUUACACUAUCCAUUGUUAUAACUUUCUCAACAUAACAUUCAAUCAGUUAACAUUGACUGCUACAAGAUUGAACACUGCUGGUUAUCCCUUCAUUCAAGUGCACGAAAAAAAAUGUCCUGUUUCCAGUCACCGGGUUAGCGAGUUGCCACGAGUUCGAGAUUUUCUCUUUCUAGGUUACUGAUACAUUACCGUUAAGUUCCAGCUAUUUGUUCCAGACCAGAUCCAAACACAGACUAGUUUUGUACUUUCAGAUAAGCCCUUAUCUCCCAACAUCCCAACAACUUCGACCUAUCUUGACGGAGUCACUUCACAUCGCCCGAGGAAGCCGCAAAUCCUCUCCAAUGCAUCAAACCGACUAAAGCCAACAACAGAGACGGUAAGUCCGACUAGAUUAGAACCUUGGAGAAUGAUAUUUUUCUCACAUAAUUUAAUGGACACAUAAAUUUAAUUUUACUUCAAUGAAGAAUAUAAAUUUUAAGCUACAAUUCAUGCGUAACCCCAAGAAAUAUUCUACUGUAUGAAACGAUACAAAAACAACCUGCGAAAUAAAUUGGUAUCCUUCUUACAUCGUUGUCGCAACGAAAA